UAAGUGAUGUAGAAAGCGAUUCACCCCCCAAGGAGGAGCUUAUUUAGGAGCGCGGAGAGCCCGGAGGAGGAGAGCACUGAGCGGUGCUGCGUGGGGGAGGCUCUGGUCGGUGCGUUGUUUCUCGGCUCUUUCCGUCUCCCUCGCUUCUCCGGGUUUUCCGCGGAUCUGUCGUUUCAGCGGGCGCGCGGUGGGAGAGCACGUCCGGGAUGGAGCGGAUGGAGUCAAUGGAGCCGAUCUCGGCGUGCUACAAGACGGCGUACCCGGAGAUCAACCCCGACAGCGGCUACGGCUCCGGAGAGAACCAGGCGAAGACCCCUCCGGCCCCGAGCUACGACGAAGACCUGGUGCAUAAGACCAUCUUGGUCGGGGACAGCGGUGUAGGGAAGACCUCUCUUCUGGUUCAGUUUGACCAGGGCAAAUUCAUCCCAGGCUCCUUUUCUGCCACAGUUGGAAUUGGAUUUACGAAUAAAGAGGUAACUGUUGACAACGUAAAAGUCAAACUACAGAUUUGGGACACAGCAGGACAGGAACGCUUCAGAAGUGUGACUCACGCAUAUUACAGAGAUGCACAUGCUUUGUUGCUUCUGUAUGACAUCACCAACAAAUCGUCGUUCGACAACAUCAGGGCGUGGUUAACAGAAAUCCAUGAGUAUGCUCACACCGACGUAGUCAUCAUGUUGCUGGGCAACAAGGCCGACAUGAGCGGCGAACGAGCGAUCAGGAGAGACGAAGGAGAGAGGCUGGCCAGAGAGUAUUCGGUCCCUUUCAUGGAGACGAGCGCCAAGACGGGAGUCAACGUAGAGCUCGCCUUCACAGCCAUAGCCAAGGAGCUGAAACACCGGGCCAUCCAGCACCCCAGUGAGCCCAAGUUCCAAAUUCACGAAUACAUCGAGUCACAGAAGGAGAAGUCCGGCUGCUGCAGCUACUUCUGAGUCUCACCUCCAAACACAGGCUGUCACGGAUACGCAGAGAGCCGCUGAGUGGGAGGAACCUCCCUGCUGCGCCCCAAAUAUGUCGCUGCCAUUCAUGGGAUAUAAAAAUUCACAAGUACAUCCUAGGAAGAGUCGAGGAGAAUAUAGAGCCAGGUAUUAACGUGGACGAUCCACGGUUUAACUUCUGCCAAGAAGAGAUUCUCCAAACUCUCUUGUCGUCAGAAGCUCACGCUUCGCCAUGUACAAACCGCAUUUUUAGUCUAAGGGAACAUUGCCUUAUGAAUUUAUGUACUUAAGCUAGUGGCUGACUUUCAGAGCGUGAGCACAACUUUAGCCAAUUUGUUGAAGGUGUGCCUUUAAACAGCUGCAAAACUCACAUCGUGUGCAAUGCUAUGCAAAAGUAUUUGUGCCCCUUACAACCAAAAUCGUCAGUGUAUUUUAUUCACGCUUUUGGUGGGAGACCAACACAAGACGUACUUAAUUGCCAUGUGGAGGAAAAAUAAUGAAACCUUUACUAGUAAAAAUCCAAAAAGUCUAGAUAGUGUGCAUUGGGCUUUGACUGGGCCAUUCUAACACAUAAAUAUUAUGUGUUUAGAGUUGUUGUCCUGGUCGAUGGUGAAACAUUAGGGUGGCUUCUGAAGGCAGUUGAUUGCAUUGAAAUUUUUAGUCACAACAGAGUAAAAGGGUCCAAGUUCAAAUGUGCGGCAUACUUUUCAGAUUUUUUUUUAUGCAUUGUUUUUCUUCCACUUCGCAAUUUCUCACUUGUCUUCUUUGACUCGCCGCAUAAAGUCAAACAUGAAACAUGAGAAUGAAAUUUGUGGCUAUGACGUGAUAAAAAGAGGAGAUGUUAAGGGAGUAUUGAAACUUUUGUAAGAUGAUGGAUUGAGACGGGGUUAAAUCUGCACAUAAAUACAACGCCCAACUUUAGGCACAGCAUUUUCUGCUGGGAGAAUGUACAGUAAUGCCAGCCUGUGCGGAUAUCCUCCCAUGGAUACCAUAAUAACUGGGUCAUAGACUAAAGUCUAGCCUCCAGUUUACCAAAUAUGUUCCUUUUAUUGAGAAGCCAUGACACAAAUGACACUUAAUUUGUAUGUACUUGAAAAUUAUUAUGAUGCUAAUAUUACCAUGGAUUACCAUGGGUUAGACAUUUGUAAUAUAACCUGUUUACAGGCGUCUGCUUUAUGACGGUUGUCUGCGUGGACAAUGCUUUGGUGUGUUUUUGUUUCGUUGUUGUUUCAAAUGCAGCUAGUUGCGUUGCAAGACGCUGUCGGUGAGACUCCUUUUGCCAACUUUAUGUUAUUUUGCGUGUGCUGAAAAAUGCAAAUACGCUAAAAAAAUCAAAAUAAAAAAAAUCAGAGACAAACCAGCUUCUUACUAUGAAUGUAAGACACAAAGAAAGGAAAUCUCAAGACGGACACGAUAAAUGUGUAAAAUGUUUGCAGAAAUCAUUUAUGAACAUAAAUGUAAAUAUAUAUAUAUAUAUUCUAUUGAAUUCCAAAAAGUUAAAUUAUCUAAUCAAAGUUGUUUUUUUAAAAAUUCAUAUCCAUGUGUUAUUUAAAUCUGUUUGGUUGCAAAGACAUUAGUUUCCUAAAACCAGCUGGAAGAGCUGAGGAAAUAUGGGAUUACACUGCUGCAUAAAAAUUCAAACUAAAGAGCCAAAACACUCCGGGCUCUUUACAUUGAUCAGCUACUGGAAUUUAUUUUGAGUGUCUCCUGCCGUCUCCUUCUGUAUAUACCGUACUUAUUUGUGCUAGAAAUGCAGCGGACGUACUCCUAAAAAUGUUCUCUGGACAUAGCAACUGCAACAAACCUCCGAGCACCACUGACGCUACCAUUGAACUUUGCUCAAAGCACAUGCAUUUUACUUUAUUGCUAAUAUUGAGGUUUGGUUCUUUUUGCAUGUAAGGCUGGAUUGCAUGUGCCAUAUCUGUGCGGUCUCACUUAGAAAUAUAUCGAACCCAAAUUCUUUUAAGUUGGAAAUAACAAAAAGAUAGAUAAUUAACAUACCUGUUAAAGUUUCAAGUCAAAGCUCAGGGUAAAGUCAUGUUGUAAAGUGCAUCAUUUAAUUAUAAUUACGCACAGACAUAGUAAGAACGAAUAUAUAACUUGUAGAUGUUAAGCAACCUAACCAACUUUUUGCAUUUUCUAAUUAGCUGAAAUAGUUAUCUAUUUGUUUUUGAUAGAACGACCUGUUGGUUUAUUAGGACCAUUAGAGUCAAAAUAUAUUAUUUUAGCAACUAAACCAAUGAGCUGACAGGAGCUAAGCUGCUGCACAAAGAUCUUCGCACCAACCUCGUAUUUAAUGCGAUGAUUAGUGAAGCCUUAAAUAAACAGUGAUGUCAAAACAACACCUCUGUGAUAACCGCUUUACAACGUUUAUGCAAUUCCCCCCACCCCAUUCUACAACGAUAUGCAAAUCAAUUCGCUCUGUAUUUUAAAUUAGUCAGUGAACAGGCUUCAUGGAUGCUUUAUGAUGGCGUGACAUGUGUUUGACGUGUUAUUUGCUGAAUUAAAAAAUAAAUAAAUUAUUUUCAACCAAA